GAUCAUACCUAGCUGUCAGACACUCGAAGAACUCCUCCACAGUUGAUCUUUUUGUCUGCGCUCAACGCUGACCUCCUCCCCUUCUCACACACAACAAAAGUCUCCGUGCAUGCAGAGUUCCAUAAGCUUAGCUGCGUGUGCAUGUACUGAUCCUUGCAGGCCAAUCUAUAACGACGUUACACUCUGCUUCUAGUUAGAGGCGGAUGUACUGGGUGGUGAUUUGGCCUUCAGGACACCUUGAAGAGAAGAGAAGAGAAGAGAAAGAGAAGAUGAGUACAAACGUGCAGAAGAGGAGAAGUAGCUCGUUUCUGUCACUUGCCUGCGGCUGUACUGACUCCAAAUCGGUUUCGGUGCCUGGCAGCUCGGGCGGCAAGUCGACGUUGACGCCGCCACAGGUGCCCAGGGUAGGGGAUUUCUCUUCUGCGGAUACCCUCACCCUCACCCUGACAUCCGAAACCUCCUCCUACGAGGAGGAUGAUGCGGAGGUGAAGACGGAAAGCUCGGCAAGCACGCCCAGCUUCCCCGAGCUUCUACGCCAGCUCAACGAGCUGGAGCAGAGCGUGUUGGCUUGGGGGAGCCACGCUUCUUCGAGCGUCUACGGUGGAAAGGAAGAGAAGAGGGUGAAAUGUCGUAGCAGCAGCCAAGGAGGGAGAAGAGCGGAGGACGGCGUCGUGGUGGUGAAAGAGACGGAGAAUCCGCUCGAUGAGUUUCGGCGGUCGAUGCUGCAUAUGAUCGUCGAGGAGGAAAUCGUGGACGGUGCAGGGUUGAGGGAGCUGCUCCGCCGGUUCCUUGCCCUCAACUCUCCGCGACACCACGGCACCAUUCUCCGCGCGUUCGCUGAUGUAUGGCAAUAUGUGUUCUCCGGCUACGAGCAAACACCCGAUCUUCUCCGCCGUGGCUAUUCCAGUCUUCGAACUCGCCGCCACUUCUGAGACGCAGAAGCAGAGCACCAGCUAAAUGUCGUAUCUGCAAAAUUCUCCUUCCCUAAAUUUGUUCUUCAAAGAACGAAUUAAAACCUCACGAUUUAUGCUUUUCA